AUGGCAAAUUCAGGAGAUGAUCAGGAGUUACAGAACGAAACAACGGUAAGAUUGAUGGCUUUAUCUCUCGGUGAAAAAGCUUUUGUUGUCGUUUCCGCGAUUGUACUUGGCACGACCGCGGAGAACACAUAUUCGAUGGCCAUUCGGUCAAAGCUAAGACUUUUUUAUGUUAUCCUUUCUUCAGGAGUCAACAGAUAGAAGAAAGGGAAGAGGACUAAAAAGAAAUAUAACGAAAUCGGCCACACAGGUAUUGUGGGUGUUCUCUACUUUUGUGGAAUCGAGAUGUUUUUGCUGCGACCGAGGCGCGGCUCUGCUUUCAUGUAGCACGCAAUAAAAUCGCGCCUUCGAAAGUGUCGAAAGUCAACAAUGCUUUGAACAGUUGAAAAUUAAAAGCAGCCCUUAAAAUUAAUUCUUGUAAUCAAAACACAAUAAAAUAAUUCUGGGAGAUAUUUUAACACGCCUGUGGAAGGCGUAGUGCCGCCAUAUUGUCAAAUAAAAUAUUCCCUUAAAUUUGUCAUUUCUUCCCCUAUAAGACCAGCUGGAGCGAGGCCCACUAAUUUUACAACUAAUGAACUUGCAGCCCAAGAGAUGCCCCCACGGACAACAACAGGGGGGGAAUCACUGUUCCUGCGAUGCAUUAGGGGUCCACACCAUGACAUUCUCUUCUGUCCUUUUGGAAAAGCAUGCUUACAAGUCAGCCUUGUGAAAUCCUAUAAAUAAACAAAUAAGUAAAUAAAUUGCUUUUUUACCCACGAAGCACUUAAGAGUUCAUAUGAACUCGUUUAAAUGGUCUGUGUGUUCCCGAUCGAAUUGGAAUUUGGAAGUGUCGGUUUUUGAGGAGAGGGGAAAACUGGAGUACAUGGAGAAAAACCUCUCGGAACAAGGGAGAGAACCAACAACAAACUCAACCCACAUAUGGCGUCGAUGCCGGGAUUUGAACCUGGGCCACAUUGGUGGAAGGCGAGUGCUCUCACCACUGCGCCACCCUUGCCCUAUGAAUACAAAUGCAUUUCUUCUACAACUAACAUAGCUUAAUUUUCCUUCUUAAUGCACUUGUAGCCUAAGAAUGCAAAGAAGGCAAAACCAUUGGUAAGUUUGAUUUUAUUUUAAUGUUAAGUCGUUAAUCAGUUGUUAGCACUCCCCCAAAAUAUCUCUGCAUGCUUAAACCACACUGCUCCUUGGAUUCGUUUCUUGAAAUUCCUAGAAGUUACCCUGCAGGUAGUGCUCUUUUGUUUACUUUCAAGGUUAAGGUUUCAAACAUUUUAUCCAAACAAAAUGAAGUGGUUUCUUAGCUAGGUCUUGCAUUUUUAUCCUUAAGAUUUUGAUUUUAAUAUCUGGAUUCAGGCCCAAAAAAAGCUUAUGGGACUUUCCAGAAAUGGGCCCCUGGUCUAGAAUGGGGUGUUUUUACUCAAUUGAUACUUUGCUUGUAACAGGGAAAAAUAGUCUGAAUGGCUAUAAAAACUUUCCAAUGUUUAUUUUAUUAGCAACAAAAUAAAUAACUAGUCCCAAGAAUGGGUAUUGAAAAUUGGCUAUUUCUGUUGCAAAAUCUUGCAAGAAUGAGGCCAAACUUUACAGGUCAGCCAAUUAAUUUUCAAUAUAACACUUAAAAAGGUGGAUAAAACAGUAGACCAGCUGGAAUAGGGGCCCAACUUCAGUUGGUGAGUCAGGUUUUUAUUUCAUUUAAUACAGUGGAAGCUCUCGUAAGCGGAGACCAUCAGGACACAAAAAAGUUGUCCCUUCGUAACUGGGGCUGUGCGCUUAUGGGUAUGUAAAAAUACAGAGUUUGUGUGGGAGUUGAGAAAAACGGCGUUUUGUUAAGGCGGCCAUAAGUAGAGGUUUUCGCUUACGAGUGUCUGUUAGGAGAGCUUCCACUGUAUUUAACAAUAAUUAUUAGAUUACCCAUUUUGUUUUUGUUUUUUGUUUUUUAUUGUACACUUCAAUUUAAAUAUUAAUAUGAUUUCAAUAUGUCCAGAGCACUACGAGUAAUGAACUUUCAGCCCAGCAGAUGCCCCUGCAGACAGCAUCUCAUCAACCAUUGCAAGCAUUAAUACAGCCUACCUUACCAGUUCUGCAGUAUCCCAAUUCAGUACUACAACCUCCCCAGACUGGGUUGCAGCCCUCUCAAGCAGUACCGCAAUCUCAGCCUGUUCAAGUUGUUGCUCAUCCUGGUGAUGGCAGCACUCCAAUCCCAACAUUUGUCCAAUAUACAAUGCCUCCAAAUAUCUUUACUUCACCAGUGAUGAACUCUACAAAUCAGCCUCUUGUUCAAUCAACUGUUCCAACAUCUUUGUCAGUGCUAAAUGCCCUUAAUGACGACAAACUAGGGAUUAUCUUACCUGUAUUGGUCAGGAUGGAACACAAAAUUGAUCAGCUUAUGGCAAUGAUGGGGGCCAACAAUCAGGCAACUGGAAAUAACUUAAGUGCUGCCAUGUCAUCUGGAGUACAGAAUAAUGUAAGUGGACAGGUGAAUAAUGCAUCAAGUACAUCUCAGUUUAAUGCUGCUAAAACCCAGACAAGCAGUUCAUCUACAGGAGCUAAUAUCCAAGCAAAUGCAACAGUGGCACGGCUGUUUGAUACCCAAGGAGAAGGUGAGGAAGAAUCUGAACAGACUGCCACUUAUAAAGGAGUAAAUGACUCAGUAGCAAUUCGUGGAAUGACCUCGCGACAGCGCAUCCAACUUGAAAUGGCCAAGAUAACAGAAAAGACCUUGCCUGAAGAUUUAAACUUUCCUUUAUCACGUGAUGACCUUAUUGCCCUGCAAGCAAAAUCUACUUCGACAAUGAAUUUUGCUGUGCGACUGUUACGUGAAAUGUUCACACGAGAAGAACUUCUGGGCAGAAAUCUUUCAGGUGUGCGUGGGAAAGAGAGAGUUGAUCCCGCCAGAGUAGAAAUCAUCAAGGAAAUUGUGUUUAAAAUUUAUCGGACAUCACCAUCAGAUAGGAACUAUUGUGGAGAUACUGCCGUAAAGCAAUGA